AACUAGGAUAGUCAACUCAUAUAUACAUAUAAUCCACGUGUAAAGAUACUUGUGGCGUGGGGUUCCAUCUUUGUUAAUCCACACCAUUUUAUUUCUCAAUUACUCUAUAUAUAGUCCCCUAUGCUUCUCCCAUAAUUUCCAUCACACACAAAUAUCAACUUUCUCAUUACAAAUUUUUUUCUUGUCAUAUAGACUAUCUUCUUGUUAUUACAUAUAUUGUGUCAUUCGAAGCCGGAAAACUUAGCUAUACGAUGGCCGGUGGAGGGUUUUCUACCUCCGGUGCCGGAGGCACGCAUUUCGAGGCUAAGAUUACACCUAUUGUUAUUAUCUCUUGUAUUAUGGCUGCAACUGGAGGACUUAUGUUUGGUUAUGAUGUUGGAGUUUCUGGUGGCGUUACGUCAAUGGAACCAUUUCUUCAUAAAUUCUUUCCAACGGUAUACAAGAGAACAAAAGACCCAGGAUUAAACAGUAAUUACUGCAAGUAUGAUAAUCAAGGGCUACAAUUAUUUACAUCAUCCUUAUAUCUGGCUGGUUUAACAGCAACAUUUUUUGCAUCAUACACAACAAGAAAACUUGGUCGGAGAUUAACGAUGUUAAUCGCCGGUUUUUUUUUCAUUGCGGGAGUUGUACUAAAUGCUGCUGCUCAAGAUUUAGCUAUGCUUAUUAUUGGAAGGAUUCUACUUGGUUGUGGUGUUGGUUUUGCUAAUCAGGCUGUUCCACUAUUUUUAUCAGAAAUUGCACCUACAAGAAUUCGUGGAGGACUUAAUAUUUUGUUCCAACUUAACGUAACUAUUGGUAUUCUGUUCGCCAACCUCGUCAACUACGGAACAGACAAGAUAAGUGGAGGAUGGGGAUGGAGAUUAUCAUUAGGUUUAGCAGGUUUUCCAGCAGCGCUAUUAACGUUGGGUGCAUUAUUUGUGGUAGAUACACCAAACAGUUUGAUAGAAAGGGGUAGAUUGGAUGAAGGCAAACAAGUACUUAGAAAAAUACGAGGUACAGACAACAUUGAACCUGAAUUCUUGGAGCUUGUCGAAGCUAGUCGUAUUGCUAAAGAAGUCAAACACCCUUUCAGAAAUUUACUCCAACGUAAAAAUAGACCUCAAUUGAUUAUCUCUGUUGCCCUCCAGAUAUUCCAGCAAUUCACAGGAAUAAACGCCAUUAUGUUCUACGCACCUGUUUUAUUUUCAACACUAGGUUUCGGUAGCAGCGCAGCCCUUUACUCAGCCGUGAUCACCGGAGCUGUCAACGUUCUGUCCACCGUAGUCUCUGUCUACUCUGUCGACAAGCUAGGACGACGUGUCCUCCUCCUUGAAGCCGGGGUCCAGAUGUUGUUGUCCCAAGUAAUAAUAGCCAUAAUCCUAGGUAUCAAAGUAACGGACCAUUCGGACGACCUUAGUCAUGGUUGGGGAAUAUUUGUUGUGGUCAUGAUAUGCACCUACGUGUCCGCUUUCGCGUGGUCGUGGGGCCCGCUAGGAUGGUUAAUUCCUAGCGAGACGUUCCCGUUGGAGACGCGUUCGGCUGGGCAGAGUGUGACAGUGUGUGUUAACUUGCUGUUCACGUUUAUUAUGGCACAAGCAUUUUUGUCGAUGCUGUGUCAUUUCAAGUAUGGGAUAUUCUUGUUCUUUUCGGCGUGGAUUGUGGUGAUGUCGUUCUUUGUAUUCUUCUUGUUGCCUGAGACGAAGAAUAUUCCGAUCGAGGAGAUGACAGACAGGGUGUGGAAGCAACAUUGGUUGUGGAAGAGGUUCAUGGUUGAUGAAGAUGAAGAUGUUGAUGUUGUUAAGAAGAAUGGAUAUGCUAAUGGAUAUGAUCCUUCUUCUCGUUUGUAAAAAAUGAAGAACUAAGAUAUAAUACUAGAGUUGCGUGGAAAUAAGUCAACAGGCAAGAGACAAGAACUUACUGUUUAGCUGUAUGGAUAAGAGUAUCAAAAAAUAGGUGUGAUUUUGUUGUUCCUUUUCCCUCUAUAUCUUACCUAAUCCUCCUGUGAAAUUGGAUCAUAACUGUAGGUAUAUUAUAAUUUUGUGCAAGUCCUUUUUAUUAUUUUUUAAUGAAGCAAGAACUUUGAUGUUUAA